UGCAUUUAGUGGCAAGUGGUACCUUUGAACACCACCACGCUCUAUUCCCUUUCCUUGGGCAGGUGGCCAAAUAGGAGACCCCUCCUUAACCUACACUGGACGGCAGAGACUCCCUGGUGUGGCAGUUUGAAAAUGGAUCUGCACCCUCGUCUUACUUGCCUGCUGUUGCUGUUCCUGGGUGCAAGCCACGCUACCACCGACGAAGCUCCCAGCACGCCCCUUUUCUCCUCUCCUUCACCUCUCCCCACCACCUGGUCCUCCACCCCACAAACAUCCCCCGAAUCCACGCAAGGUCCCACAUCAGACACCACCGACGCGACAUCUUCGCCCAAACCUUCCCCGACGCAGCAGGACCAGGACCACAAGGAGCCCUCAGUCUCCAGCCCACAGACACAGAAACCCAGGCUUCCCCAAGAGAAGAUGGAGGCUGCUCCUUUCAAGUUUCCUGAGGUCGACAUUGAGGAGUCUGGCAGACGUCAGCAAUGGGAGACUGCAGCUCAGGGAGUGGCCAUUAUGCUGAUGAAACCCAAAGGGCAACCGUCAGCGCGGGAAGCCCACACCGCAGCUAGCCACGCCAUGGGGCUGUUUCUCGCUGGUUGCGGCCUGCUGCUCUGCCUCUUCAUCGGGGUCUAUUGCGCCUACAGCCGAGGAUCCAAGAAAGAACCAUUUUCCCACCAUCGCUUGUAUGAGGACGGAUUUGAUGACCCUGCCCUCUUCCUGGACAGCCCAAAGGAUUACGACUGGUUCUUCUACGAGACUGACGGUUACGUCUACCCAACGGCCUCCCAAGCCCAGCCUCAGCCAAUCCAGACCCUCUCGAUCCCAGCUCUCAAGCAACCCCACCCUGCUCUCGACGGGUCGCCAGGGAAGCUGGCAUCUUCCGAGGCAGGGCAAGACACCAAGCAGCCUCAGGCAAACCCUGUGAAGCUGGAGUGCCUGUCCCCAGCCAACCUGCGCACUGGGAACUUCAUCUGA